AACCAGUAACCUUGAGCAAGAAGCGGGACUCUGGGGAAGGCCAAUCGCUGGAGGGAGCCGGCGCAGCCACAGCCAAUGGCUCUGGGGCGGGACUGCCCUGACCGGCCGCUGCAACGACCCGGCUCCGGGUUAUGGCCGCAAGUGGGCUGCAGGUGCUACGGGCGCUGCCCGGGCCGGGCUGGGUGCGGGGCUCGGGCCCGGCCGUGCUGAGUCGCCUGCGGGACGCAGCCAUGGUGCGACCUGGCUUCCUGAGCGCAGCCGAGGAAGAGACCCUGAGCCGCGAGCUGGAGCCCGAACUGCGCCGCCGCCGCUACGAGUACGACCACUGGGACGCGGCCAUCCAUGGCUUCCGAGAGACAGAGAAGUCACGCUGGUCCGAGGCAAGCCGGACCAUCCUGCAGCGCGUGCAGGCGGCGGCCUUUGGCCCUGACCAGACCCUGCUGUCCUCGGUGCAUGUGCUGGACCUGGAGCCUCAGGGCUACAUCAAGCCACACGUGGACAGCGUCAAGUUCUGUGGAGCCACCAUCGCUGGCCUGUCCCUGCUGUCUCCCAGUGUCAUGCGGCUGGUGCACACGCAGGAGCCCGCCGUGUGGCUGGAGCUCCUGCUGGAGCCAGGCUCCCUCUACAUCCUCAGGGGCUCGGCGCGUUAUGACUUCUCCCAUGAGAUCCUUCGGGAUGAGCAGUCCUUCUUUGGAGAGCGUCGGGUUCCCCGGGGCCGACGCAUCUCAGUGAUCUGCCGCUCCCUUCCUGAGGGGUGCGACCAGGAGAGCCCAGGCAGCUACCCCGGACUUGCUGACUACCACACCCUUCCCCCAGCUUCUUAGAGAUGCUACCUGUGAAUAAAUUUGGAGAAUGGACAAGCUGA